GGGUGUUACGUAUAUCCGGCGAAUAGCUGGCGGUCCCGGGUGCUGCUGGGCUGUGUGCUGUGAGGGAGGGUCGAAGCCGCCCGCCGCCGCCAGAGGAGCCUCCUUGGCCGUAGUAAGCAUUAAUAAUGUCUUUCAUCUUUGAGUGGAUCUACAAUGGCUUCAGCAGUGUGCUCCAGUUCCUAGGACUCUACAAGAAAUCUGGAAAACUUGUAUUUUUGGGUUUGGACAAUGCGGGCAAAACCACUCUUCUACACAUGCUCAAAGAUGAUCGAUUGGGCCAACAUGUUCCAACAUUACAUCCGACAUCAGAAGAGCUGACAAUUGCUGGAAUGACGUUUACAACUUUUGAUCUUGGUGGGCAUGAGCAAGCACGUCGCGUUUGGAAAAAUUACCUCCCAGCAAUUAAUGGGAUUGUCUUUCUGGUCGACUGUGCAGAUCAUCCUCGCCUCAUGGAAUCCAAAGUUGAGCUAAAUGCGCUAAUGACUGAUGAAACAAUAUCCAAUGUGCCAAUCCUGAUCUUGGGUAACAAGAUUGACAGAACAGAUGCGAUCAGUGAAGAAAAACUCCGUGAGAUAUUUGGGCUUUAUGGACAGACCACAGGAAAGGGGAACGUGACCCUGAAGGAGCUGAACGCCCGCCCCAUGGAAGUGUUCAUGUGCAGCGUGCUCAAGAGGCAAGGCUACGGCGAGGGCUUCCGCUGGCUUUCCCAGUAUAUUGACUGAUGUUUGGACAGUGAAAAUAAAAGAGUUUUCCUUCUCUGGACUGAUCCUAUUCACAGCUUCCUCAUGAACUUUUCUAAUAGAACAAGGAAAGCUCUUCAGCCGUGUCUGGCGUUGAGAAGCCAAGAGUCUCUGUCAGCUCUCUCAUCGCCCAGUGGUGACAUGUGCUCUUCUCCACACUGUCGGGAGGUAACGCUGCCUCACGUGCUGGUGCAGCUCAGCAUCCUGGGACUUGGAAGUUGGCAGGAUUUGCUGGGUAAAGCUGUGUGCCAUCCUGGGGCACCUGAAAAGAAAAACACGUCUCACCACUGUGGUUGAUUUCAAAGAAAGUGAUUCUAUUUUUUAAAGAAAGCGUUGUUAAUGUCAUUGGUGUCCCUCCUAACUUUCUGAGUUCAAAAUUUACUUGGUCCAGAGUUUUCUCUCUCUUUUUUUUUUUUUUUUUUUUGGUCUAGUGAAUGGCAUUUAGCUUCUUCAUAAAAUUAUGCACAUGAAACAUGUUGGAGGCCAGAGCUCAGUCGAGUAAACUUAGUCCUGUUGAGUUACCAGGUCAGUGAGCCAAAGCUCCCCGGCUCUCUGAUGGCCUUGUGGUAGGUGGCGCCAGCCUUGCACACAGAGGAGCAGGAGAGGCCCCGGUCGGCCUGGUGGCGGCAGCAGGUUUCCACUGUGUUCAGCCAGGGUCGUUCCUCACCUGGUUUGUACAGCAGAUGGUUGGUUUGCUGUGGAGGAGUUCAGUAUAGAGUGGUGAUUUUAUUAUUUUUACUUACAAAGCUACACAUUUCAGGCAGUCUUUGCUCUUAUCUCUCCAUAGCACCUUUUUCAUUUUCAAUUAUAAAAAAGAAUGACUUUUGCAUCAAAAGAGAACAUCCCCCAUGUUCUCCUAUACUACAGGCAUGUGUCUGUUAAUUUUGCACAGAGUCUAGGAGAACAUUUUGGGGAUAGGUGAGUCAUACAGGGCAGUUACAGUUGAAGGGCUUUUAAUUCUGUGAGUGAGAACUUAAAAACCUGGCAUUUGUAGCAUUUGUUUGGAUCCAGGAAAGAUUUUAUUUAGUGGGGUUUAAAAUCCUCAUGUGCAAGAUUUGACUUCUUUAUUGGAAUGUUCAUGAGCGCUUUUUCUAGGUUACUUUUUGGGGGAGGGGUUGUGGUAUGAAAUUGCCUUUCUCCAUGCCAGAAAUAAGCUGGGGAAACUGAGGACUUCGUGUAGUGUUGUUCUUUCUGCGCCAGUGUCACUUGUCAUUAAGAGCUCAGUAUAAAAGCCUCAGCAUGCCCAGUCAUGUGAUGAUCAUUUUUAUAGCAUUCCUUUUUUUUAGUGCCAUGUGUAAAAUUGGAUUUUCAGGAUCUUAGACCCUCUCUUAAAAUGGGUGGGUGUUUUCAUUUUUGUUUAAUGAGAGAUUACAAGUAGUUUCCUCAAAACAAAAUUAUGAUGCAAAGGUUUGAAAUAAAUUCAGUGGAAUUUUGGUGUCUCAUGUGAGGGUAGGGAAGUGUGGGUAAUAUUCCAGGGGCGAGUAGGAGUGUUACUCUUUAAUGGACUUCUCACUGUCAGUUUUCAGUACUGACCUAUUAGGAAAGGAUACUUUCUCACUGCCAGUAAAGGAUAAAUCUGGGAAGAGCGUGCCUUUCCUCUGUUAGCAAGCAUAGCUGGAUUGCAACAAAACUGUUGGUUUGGAAAGGGUGAAAGCCUUAACUGAACAAAUGUAGCUAAUGGUGAAUGAACUAGGUAGUUAACAUAAUUUUAAUUUCCUUUGGCUAAAGGUAACCCAUACUUCUUUAUCCAGAGACUUGAGAAGUAUGAUUGCAGCGCUAGUUUUCUUGUUCUUGGUUUUGUUUUUUCCUCUUUGUCCCUGACCCCUUCGUAGCAAGCUAGAAAACUAUGGAUUCUACACAGCUCAGCUCUUUGUGAAAGUGGUUUACUUUGGCCACUGGAGAAAGAGGGGAUUGAAAAGUCUGGCAUCUGUCUAUUUCCUGCUCCACAGAAAACACUGUUCCUAUGAAAAGAUUGCAAAAGAAGCUGCUGUGAGGAGCUUGGCUCUUAACAGAGAGGAUCAGAGCUUUGUACAGGAACUCCUAUGAAUUGAGACUUUUCAUUCUGUUUUAUCAGAGUGCAUAUGUGUCCUAUUUCAGGAAAAGUUAAUUAAAACAGUCAUUUACAAAAGAAAGUCAAUCUGUAUCCUAAGCAUUUUAAUAAAAAGUUAAAACAGA